AUGGGUAAUGUGGAAAUCCCCGAUUGGCUCAAGGGCUUGCCGCUGGCGCCCACGUUUCGCCCGACGGACACCGAGUUCGCGGAUCCCAUCGCCUACAUAUCGAAAAUCGAGAAGGAAGCGAGCGCCUUUGGGAUAUGCAAGAUCGUCCCGCCCUUGCCCAGGCCGUCGAAGAAGUAUGUCUUCGGGAAUCUGAACAGGUCGUUGCUGAAGUGCCCCGAAUCGGGGUUGGGGUCGGGGUCGGGGUCGGGGUCGGGCGGGGCGGUGUUCACCACGAGGCAGCAAGAAUUGGGUCAGAGUGCGAAGAGGACGAAGGGGCCGGGGAGUAAUACUCACUCGGGAGUCCAGAAGCAAGUCUGGCAGAGUGGCGAGAUGUAUACUUUGGAACAGUUUGAGGCGAAGUCGAGGGCUUUUGGGCGUAGCCAGUUGGGUAUGGUGAAGGAGGCUUCUCCUGAGGUUAUAGAAGCCUUGUUCUGGCAGGCGGCUUCGGAGAAGCCUAUAUAUGUGGAAUAUGCUAAUGAUGUGCCCGGGUCUGGUUUUGGAGAACAGGAUGGUCGGUUUCGCUAUUUUCAUAGACGUAGGAGGAUGAAGAUGGAUUACCAUAGGCAUAGAGAAGGAACUGAUUCCAAGAACAAUGAAGUAGAUAAUGUACAAGAUUCUCAUCGUAGUGAAACCAAAGAUUUGUCUCGUGGGGAUGAUUCUUCAGGUUUGGAGACACAUAAAUCAUCGACAUCUCAAUCGGGUUUAACGACGGAGGAAACUUCACGAGCCUGUCGUAGAAGUAACUCUGGUAGCAAUGAACUUGAAGGCACUGCAGGUUGGAAACUUUCAAAUAGUCCUUGGAACUUACAAGUGAUUGCAAGGUCGUCUGGAUCACUUACACGCUUCAUGCCAGAUGAUAUUCCGGGUGUUACUUCUCCGAUGAUCUAUAUUGGUAUGCUGUUCAGCUGGUUUGCUUGGCAUGUUGAAGAUCACGAGCUUCAUAGCAUGAAUUUCCUUCACAUGGGCUCUCCAAAGACCUGGUACGCUGUCCCUGGAGAUUAUGCGUUUUCUUUUGAGGAAGUUCUUCGCAAGGAGGCUUAUGGGGGAAAUAUGGAUCGCUUAGCUGUUCUCUCACUUCUGGGUGAAAAGACAACUCUUCUGUCACCUGAGGUAAUUGUUGCGGCUGGCAUUCCUUGUUGCAGGUUAAUACAGAAUCCGGGUGAAUUUGUGGUGACUUUUCCAAGGGCUUAUCAUAUAGGAUUCAGCCACGGUUUUAAUUGCGGUGAAGCAGCUAACUUUGCAACCCCUCAAUGGCUUAGAUUUGCGAAGGAAGCUGCUGUACGUAGAGCUGCGAUGAAUUAUCUGCCCAUGCUCUCUCAUCAGCAGCUGCUCUACCUGUUAACCAUGUCUUUUGUUUCAAGAGUUCCAAUGUCCUUGAUACCUGGGGCACGAAGUUCUCGCCUGAAAGACCGCCUGAGAGAAGAAAGAGAGCUUUCUGUGAAAAAAGCCUUUCUAGAAGACAUUUUGAAUGAGAAUGACCUAUUAUCUUCUCUCCUUAGAAAGGAGUCUACCAUACAUGCAGUAAUAUGGAACCCUCAUAUGCUACCUUCUUUGAGUAAAGGAUCUCAGUCGCCUGAUGGAACUGCUGCCAUUUCCUCCUCAGAAAAAGAGAAUUCACACCACCAUUCUGGAAAUGAUAGUUCGAUCAAUCUUUUUAAAGAGAUGACAAUGUUCAUGGAAGCUCUGAAUGAUUCAUAUGUGGACAAGGACGAUUUAUUGUUCGAUUUUCAAGUUGAUUCAGGAACGUUGCCUUGUGUAGCUUGUGGAAUUCUUGGUUUCCCAUUUAUGUCUGUGAUACAACCAUCCGAAACAGCAUCGGCAGCAUUGCUACCCACAAAACAUUAUUCUCAACAAACCUGCGAGGACCGGUCAGAUAUUUCUGAUACUGCUUCACCUCUAAUGCAAUUGCAAGUACCAUCAAGCACAGACUCAGAAAAGGGUAUGGGCAGUUCUGGUGGAUCACGAAGACCACGAAUCUUUUGUUUGGAACAUGCAAUUCAAACAGAGGAGCUUUUGCGGUCCAAAGGUGGAGCAAAUGUGCUUGUGAUCUGCCAUUCCGACUAUCAGAAAAUGAAGGCAUAUGCUGGUGCCAUUGCUGAGGAGAUUGAUGUUUCUUUUAAGUACAAGGAUAUUCCAUUUGACCCUGCUUCAGAAGAAGAUCUAAACUUGAUAGACCUUGCGAUUGAUGAUCAGGAAUGCACUGGUUACAGAGACGAUGACUGGACCUCAAAGCUGGGCAUUAACUUGCGGUGUUGUGUAAAGGCGAGGAAGAAUUCCCCAUCAAAUCGAGUCCAACAUGCAUUAACAUUGGGUGGAUUGUUUUGUGAUGAUAGCCCAUCUACUAUUUUUAAUCUUAAAUGGAAGUCCAGGAAAUCUCGUUCAAGGACUAGGUUAGGUACUCCAGAGAAGUGCGAGCCAUGUGAGACCCUUCAAAGAAAGGAUCAUGAAGUAUCGAGGAACAAGUUGGACAGUGAUGCUGUCAGAAAGGAAGAAAUAAUUCUUCAAUACACUAGAAGGAAUGCCAAGUUUAAAUCUGGUAGUUCUACUGGAACUAGCAGAAGCCAUGGCUGCUAUGAUAAGCAGCCAGUAGAAGUCUCACUCGCCAGUGCUGGAGAAGUACAUCUGAAAUCAAAUAAUCAGACAGAUAAUACCUAUUGUGGCACAGAAAGUCCUGUAUGCGAAACUGCAGACCUCCCUGUUGGAUUGGGUGAUGUUAGCCAUGAAAUCCAGGUUCUUGAAGCAACUACAGAUCUGACCUUGGAUUUGAUUCCUGCACAAGUUGCAAGUUCACUUGCCAAUGUCACUACAUAUGUGGGAAAUGUUGAAGUGCAGAUCAUAAAUCAAGCUUCAGAGGAGAUGAAUGUAAAGCAACAAUCUGUUGGGUCAGCUACAUAUAUUUCUCAAAGGCACAGUGAAAAUGAGUUUUCCCAAAAUUUAGGUGGGCAAAAUGAGAUUUUGGAUAGCACAGACUCUUGUUUUCGUACAGUCAAAGAAACUGGAGAAAAACUCAACAUAGUAAAAGCGACCAAAACAACAGAAGUUUCAGAUAGUGAUGUUGUCAACGAUUCAGAAGUUGCUGCAGUUCCUGAUGCACGGAGCCCUUCAUCAAGCUUAUGUGCCAAGUUGACUUCAGGUUGUGAAGUACAUGAGGAAACAGCAUUAUUAGAAUUGAAAGAUGGUCGCAAUGUUAAGGGUAAUGCUGUUGCAUGUGCAGAAGCAACUCGGUGUGGUGCUCCAAUGGGACCACAUCCUCACGUUUGCAGUGGGAGUGAUGAGCAAGAAGAUGAAAUUCACAGGACAGUCAACCAGUCUGUUCCUCUUCUCAUUGAAGCAUGCACAGAAGCUCCAGAAGCAACCUCUUCAGAAGAACAAGGGAGGAGCUAUGGGAGUGCAUAUUGUAAAUCCCCAGAAAAAGACCGGACUGCAAAUGCAACUGGUGAUGAGAACCCUGUAAUUUGUUCUGUUGAAAUUAUGGAUCAGCAGAGUGCUGCUUCUGAUCAAGGAUGUUCUCAUGUUCAAAGAGAUUCCAAUGACAGCAAUGGUGAGACCAAUCAUGAAGACCCUCCUUGCCAGGAUGAUAGGGAGCCACAAACCAUGGAGUCCACUGAAGUAGAUCAAGUAUCAACAACACGACGUAGAAGGAAGAGAAAGAGUGAAUUGGAGUCAAUAGCAGAAGACCAACUUAACUGCAGCGGCUUCAUCAGAAGUCCCUGUGAAGGUUUGAGGUCGAGAGCAGGAAAAGAAACAACCAAUGGAAGUGACUGCAUCAGCUCAUCAGGAUAUGAAAAUCCUGCCAAGAAGGCUAGGGAAUCGAGAAAAGAAGUUAAACCUAGAAAAGAAACUGUCUCUUUUGACGAUAAAAAAGAGAAGAGGGGUGGCUCUCAUAGGUGCGAUAUGGAAGGCUGCCGGAUGAGAUUUAAAACAAGGGCUGAGUUGACGGUGCACAAACGUAAUCGGUGCCCAGUUGAAGGGUGCGGAAAGAGGUUCAGCUCCCACAAGUAUGCAGUACUUCACCAGCGCGUCCACGAGGAUGACAGGCCGCUUAAAUGCCCGUGGAAAGGUUGCAUUAUGACAUUCAAGUGGGCGUGGGCCAGGACCGAGCACAUACGGGUACACACAGGGGAGCGGCCAUACAAGUGUAAGGUGGAGGGGUGCGGGCUUUCUUUUAGGUUCGUGUCGGACUUCAGCCGCCACAGGAGGAAGACAGGUCAUUACGUGAGCUAACUUUUUGAUAGCUACAUAUCCUGAGUAGGCCGGGAAUGUAUCUGUAAAAUAUGUGAAAUUGGGCACGGAAUAGGUGAUUCUGCGAGCGCCAAAAAGUGGCAUCGAGAAUCAGUUCGUAGUUUUUGAUUGUUACAGUAGGAUCGGAAUGGGUGACAGAGUAUUCAUAGGGGUAGGGUAGGAAGUCUGUCAAUUCGGGCGCUCUAGUUGUUCCAGUGCACUGAUUGUUUGAAUCCUUUGUAUCUCCUCAUCUCUAUCGUCAAUUCCACACCAAUUUUAUUCGUUCCGUGCUGA